AUGAUGCUUCCCCCAGCACUGAACAUUCCCAAAUGGUACGUCCGCUCUCACGCGACCUGCCCCUCCGUGAAUCAUCGCGGGGUCGAUCGGCCCAGAAUUGACCAAGAGCUCACUCAUGCGUGCUUAUCCAGGCUCGAGGCGAAUUCACACCUUCUGCAACCACCGGUGAAUAAUUAUUGCGUCUACCACCCCUCAUCACCGGCAACAGCCGGAUACACGGUGAUGAUUGUCGGCGGUCCCAAUGCUCGAACCGACUACCACAUCAACACCACACCCGAAUUCUUUUAUCAAUACCAGGGCUCCAUGCUUCUGAAGACAGUGGAUACAUCGACGACACCGCCUACAUUUCAGGACAUUCCUAUCCACGAGGGCUCGAUUUUCCUACUCCCGGCGAACACGCCACACUGCCCAGUACGGUUUAAGGACACAGUUGGUGUGGUGAUGGAACAGCCAAGGGCACAGGGGGGCGGAAGAUGUUAUGAGAUGGUCAAGGCUGUUGUGGAGGAGUUCGGUGCUGAUGAGGAGAAAAGACGAUGCAAGGCGUGUGGGGAGAUUGCGGCAACUAGAUACGCGGAAGGGGAGUUGGUGCAGCCUCCUUCGUGUCCUGAGUGA